GUGCAGCGCAGUGUUGAUAUUUGAGACGUCUUGCACUUGUAUUUUACUUUAAUUAUUGUUUAUUAUAUCCAGAUACCAAAACUGACGUGAAUUCAUACACUGACGGUCACGUAUAAAGAUAAUGGUAAUGAUAAGAAUUCCUUCAUAGCAGAUAAAAUUAGAUAAUAUUAUGCGCGUACUGCUUUAAAUUGUUCCUGUAUUGUGUGGUCAUAUACUGAAUAUAAAUAUGACUUUGCCAUUACCUAUACCACCUUGUGCUAAAAGAGAUGGUAUUAGUUGUAUUGGAAGUGACCGUUUUGAAUAUGCAAGUACAAUGGCGACGACUUUAAUGGCACCUGUUAAAACGGAACGGGAAAUCUUUGAGCACUCUAUGUUGGAAGAUGACCCAAAUGCUAAUACCCAGCCCUUAAGUGAAGUGGGAAAACAGCCUCGCUGGGGACCAAAGCACAAAGGAGCACAGGAACUUGCUGAGCUCUAUAGUCCAGGGAAAAGGCUCCAAGAGUGGGUAUGUGUUGUGGUCUGCUGCACAUUGUGCAUAUGUGCUGGUCUUUUGAUGUGCAGAUAUAUAAAUGCAGAUGCUUCUCUGAUAUUAGCAGCUUUAGCUGGUGUGCUAACAGCUGAUUUUGCUUCUGGAGUAGUUCAUUGGGCUGCAGACACUUGGGGUGCUGUGGAUCUUCCAAUAAUAGGCAAGAACUUUUUGCGGCCAUUUCGUGAACACCACAUCGACCCUACGUCAAUAACGCGACAUGAUUUUGUUGAGACUAAUGGAGACAAUUUUGCAAUCACAAUACCAGUGCUAGCCAGGAUAGUAUGGCAGUUACUCACUUAUGAUGAAGCAGCUAUCAACAGCGAAAUACAUUGGAUAUCGUACUGGUAUUUGUGUUGCAUUUUUGUAGCAAUGACGAAUCAGAUACAUAAAUGGUCGCACACUUACUUCGGAUUGCCGGCUUGGGUCGUGUGGCUACAGGAGUGGCACGUGGUGCUGCCGCGCCGCCACCACCGGAUACACCACGUCGCGCCGCACGAGACUUACUUUUGCAUCACUACGGGCUGGUUGAACUGGCCUCUAGAAAAACUCCAUUUUUGGUCCACGUUGGAGUUUAUUAUCGAAGCGCUGACCGGCUGCAAGCCCCGCGCUGAUGAUAUGAAGUGGGCCCAAAAGCGUUCCUAGAAUUUACUACUACACAAUGAUUUAAAUACUAUCGUCGUAUUUAAAUUAACACAAUAUUUUACUAGUAGCACAUAUUAUGAUCUACAUAGUAAGAUUUUCGAUUGUUUCACUGUAUACGUCGACGCGACACAUAAUUAUUUGGUGGCGUUCGUAAAAGGCAUCGCGCAAGAAAACUUAGAGGCACUUAAUUAUGAUUAACCUUCAAUUUAAUGAAGAGUUUGACAGAGAAUGU